AUGAAAUCGUUGAACGAAGAGUGCGACCGAAUCUUAGCCUUCCCUCCCGGCCAUCUGUACGACUCCACCACCGGUCAGAUCAGACGCUGGUUUGAUCCCAACUGGUGGUCAGAGGAAGUGAUAGCGAGCGCGCCGUUAGAUCUGACUUUACUGAAGCGAAAACUAGAGCAUUCGGUCCGCAAACGGCUCAUGUCUGAAGUGCCGUACGGAGUGCUCCUCUCCGGUGGACUGGACUCCAGUCUCAUCGCCUCCAUUGCCGUCAGAGAGACCCGAAAGAUCACCAGAAGGAAGUCGUCGCGAUCGUUGAGAGCGCCGGCUAUCGCCGAUAUGGACGACGGGAACAGCAGUAACGAUGAGGUGACUGUCGAGGAAUGGGGUCGACUCCACUCCUUUUCCAUCGGAUUGCCAGAUAUGUAUACUUCGGGCUGCGAUCACCUGUUGGCGGCCAGAGAUGUGGCGAAGUUCCUGAAGACCAAACAUCACGAAUACAUAUUCACAAUACAGGAAGGAUUGGACGCCAUCUCUGACGUGAUCUACCACUUGGAGACGUAUGACGUGACGACAGUCCGCGCGAGUACUCCCAUGUAUUUGUUGUCGCGAAAGAUCAAAGCGAUUGGCGUGAAGAUGGUGUUGAGCGGCGAGGGAUCCGACGAGAUAUUCGGCGGUUAUCUGUACUUCCAUUCAGCGCCGGACGCCUCGGCUCUCCAUCACGAGACCGUCAAACGGGUGAAGAAUCUGCACACAAGUGACUGUUUGCGCGCCAAUAAGUCGACCCUCGCGUGGGGUCUGGAGGCCAGAGUGCCGUUCCUCGACACCAAGUUCUUGGACGUAGCCAUGAAUGUCGAGCCAAUCGCUAAGAUGUGUUCAUCAGAAAAGAUCGAGAAAUAUAUUCUUCGAAAGGCUUUCGACACGUCCCACGACCCGACUCUUGAGCCCUAUUUGCCCGAUAAUAUCCUGUGGCGACAAAAGGAGCAGUUCUCUGACGGAGUCGGCUAUUCGUGGAUCGAUUCCCUCAAAGACGAGGCCGAGAAGAAGGUGUCGGACGAAGAGUUUGCCCGCAAAGAAAGCCUUUGGCCCGAAGACACGCCGCAGACUAAGGAAGCGUUUUGGUAUCGCCAGGAGUUUGAGAAGUGGUUCCCAGAGAAGGCCUGCGCCGAGAGUGUUGUUCGUUGGAUUCCCCGAACCGAUUGGGGCUGUCCUUCAGACCCUUCCGGACGGUCACAGAAAGUACACAACGAGGCCUACCGUAAGUGAAUCUCCCGUUUAUGACGGCCACCAACCGGUGCUCUAUCUCUUGGUUUGGG